CCAGGCUUGUAGGGGUGUCACUGGAUGGCCCGGGAGUGAGAGAAGAUGGCCAAGGGCCCAUCUCUGGAGUCACAGUCUGCUGUUCCCCUGGGCUGAGUGCACCCUAAGAUGGUUCAGGUCGUACGUAGCAAUGAGAUCGCCACAGCCAGGCAGCCUUGGUUCAGCUGCUCUUCCCAUCAUGUGCAGGAAGCCAGCCCUCCAAAGAAAAGCCUGAUUUGUAGUGUUUGUCAACAUCUGUGGUGUAAGUACACCCACCAGUGGGUUUUCACCAGUGGGGGUUUCAAGGUGCCAACAUGAUGUUCCUGACUGGCGAUGGGAUGCACACGGUGCACUCAUUGAGGAGCCAGUACACGCGUGGUCCAGCAGACCCACCGUGCCCUCCUGUGUUUUCUGGAGGCAGGAAAGCCUGGUGAUGAGGGCACAGGACCCAGGGCGGAGGCCCAAAUCUGCCUCUGGCUAACCAAGCUUUGGCAGUGUCCUAAAUCUUUGCCUCCGGCUCCUCGCCCUAAAAAGUGAAGAAGAUGAGUCUCUGGACUUCCCUGAUGGGAGUCCAGUGGUUAAGAAUCCACCUGCCAAUGCAGGGGACAUGGGUUUGAUCCCCAGUCUGGGAAGAGUCCGCAUGCCACGGGGUAACUAAGCCCAUGCUCCAUGACUACUAAGCCUGUGUGCUGCAACUACGGAAGCCCGCACACUCCAGAGGCCCUGCUGUGUGACAAGAGAAACCACUGCAACAAGAAUCCUAGGCACCACAAGGAAGAGUAGCCCCACUCCCGCAACUAGAGAAAGCCCAUGUGCAGCAAUGAAAGACCCCAGGGCAGCCAUAAAUAUAUAAAUAAUGCAUUUUUAAUUAAAAAGUCUUAGGUGAGCAUGGUGGGCUCCUCUCCCAGGAGCAGGGUUUGGGAAGCCAGGGAGUCGGUGGCUGAGAAGGCAGCUAGGGCCCUGAAAGCAGAGCAGAGCUCAGGAUGGGGCGGGCAGGAGCUGCUCAGAGGCAAGGUCGCACGGGCUGAGUUAAGACAGAAAUGAGUCAGUGUAUCUGUUGGCUUGCAAAGUGCAGUCAUCAUGUUAGCUGUUACCGUCACCACUGUCCUUUCUGGCCAAAACUUCACAGGAACAUUUCCCAGAUCCACAGGGCCACAUCUUAAGGUUCUGACCCUUGAGAAACCCCACACAUGUGCUGGGGGCUCCUGUGGACACAAACUCCUGCACACAAGCAUCACUGUUCCCUCCCAGAAGCCAACCUCAAUCCAAUGCCUCUGUGGUUGACUGAGUGCCUGCUCUGCAUCAAGUCCUAUCCUAGAUAGUGGUGACCAAGCUGGGAACAAGGUAGAUGAGAGAAUAUUCUCAUGGAGCUGACAUCCUGGUCAGGGAAUUCGUGAACUUAAAAACAAGGAAACACUUGUGUUUAGGAAAUGCUGUUCAUGAAUAACAUAAAAGAUGAUGGGAGAGUGAUGAGGGGUGUGGGAAGUGACAGCCAUACUGCUUGUGAAUGACAAGGUCAGGAACGGUGGGGAUGGAAGACACCUUACUCCUGCUCUUUGAUCCGUUCUACCGCAGGGGCAAAGGGGGGAAAUUUUUUUCCUGAAAUCAACAAGGUGAUGUCAUGUCAGGGAAUGUGUCUCCCAGGUGGCUGACUAGAGGCGUGUGUCAGCGGUCGUGUCUGCCCCACCUCUGGACACACCUCUGUCGGCUGAGGGUGACACAACCCUGUUCCCUGUCACCUCUGUUCCCGCUUAUCUCUCCCGUCUUUUCGGCGCCACCACCUUCUUGGAAAUGAGUUGGGCCAAAGGGGAGAGGGCUUAGCAUCCCCGCCUCCCCCAGGAGGACCCAUAAAAGCAACUGUAACUGGACUCCCAGACAGCAGAGCAGGUCCUAGACGUAACGGCAGGACGGCCAGACAGACGGCUCAAUGGCACUGAACACGCAGAUCCGGGCCACCUGCCUUCUGCUCCUUGUCCUGCUCAGCCUGACCAGCGGCUCCGUUCUGCCUCCCCAGACACGACAGCUCACAGACCUCCAGACCCAGGACACAGCUAGAGUGGCAGCUGGCUUGACGCCCGUGCUCCAGAGGCGGAGACGAGACACCCACUUUCCCAUCUGCAUCUUCUGCUGCGGCUGCUGUCGUAAAGGCACGUGUGGGAUGUGCUGCAAGACGUAGGACCACCCCCCAACCCCCGCCGUGCCCUCUUCCCUUAUUUAUUCCUGCUGCCUUCCAACACUCGGUGAAUAGUCUUGAAAUAAAAUGGCCGGUUCUA